AUGCAUUGGGUUGUUGUACUAUCUAAAACCCCGGCCUUAUAGAUUUUCCCAUCUUCCUUGUUUACAGAUGAGCUAAAUUCUGCUCUCAAGUCUCAACAAUGGAAUCCUUAAGGUUAAGGUUGCCACCACGUCCACCCAUCCCUUCUCAACAACCAGACACCGAACUCAUCAAGCGCAAUCUCCUCAAAAAUGGCGUCACUCCAACCCCCAAAAUCAUCCACACCCUCCGGAAGAAACAGCUUCAAAAAUCCAACCGCAGCCGCCCUCCUCCGCCCGACCAAACCCCAGAACAAGAACAAGAACAACAAGAAAAAGCCAAUUUUCAGACCCUAAAGGCCGAAUUCAAAACCUUCAACAGGGAAAUCGUUAAAGCCACAAAAAGUAAACAAGACAUGGACAUAAAACACGGUGGAGUGUCAUCGUCGCUGGUGGGGAAGCCAUGGGAGAGGUUAGAGAGAACUCAAUUGAUGGAGUGUGCGAUUACUAACAAGGAGUUUGUUGGUGGGGAGAAUCUGAAGUACGAGCAUUUGGAUGAAUUGAGCGAGUUUAUCGAGAAGGAGCGUGAUAAAUUCAAAUGGAUUAUGGAAGAUGACAUCGAAUUGGAAGAUGGAAUGCUUCAGAAUAAGAACGACAAUUGGGUUCCUCCCAAGAGGAAAGUUUCCGAUGGUGAAGCAAUUCGGUUUCUUGUCGAUAGGCUUAGUGGAACAGAACCGAGUAUGAAGAACUGGAAAUUUUCUAAGAUGAUGAAACAAUCGGAAUUACAGUUCACAGAAGAUCAAUUGUUGAAGAUUGUAGGUGGACUUGGUGAUAAAGGUCAAUGGAAGCAUGCUUUAUCUGUCGUAAAAUACGUUUACAACUCUAAAGAGCAUAAACAUUUCAAGAGCAGGUUUGUAUACACAAAACUCGUAUCAGUUUUGGGAAAAGCAAGAAGACCCCAUGAAGCCCUUCAAAUCUUUAAUUUCAUGCUAGCUGAUUACCACUUAUAUCCUGAUAUGGCUGCAUACCAUUGUAUUGCAAUUGCACUUGGUCAAUCUGGUCUUCUUAAAGAAUUGGUCAACGUGAUUGACUCCAUGAAGCAAAAUCCUUCAAAGUUUAUCAAGAAAACAAAACGCAAAAACUGGGAUCCUGUUCUUCAACCGGAUUUAGUCGUAUACAAUGCUGUGUUAAAUGCUUGUACUUUAUCUGGUGAAUGGAAGGGAGUUUCAUGGGUGUUUGAGGAGUUGAGAAAAAGUGGUUUAAAACCAUCUGGAGCAACUUAUGGACUUGCAAUGGAGGUGAUGUUGGCAUCUGGAAAGUAUGACCUUGUGCAUGAGUACUUUGAGAAGAUGAAGAAAAGUGGAAAUGCUCCAAAAGCCCUUACUUAUAAAGUGCUUGUGAAGGCGUUCUCAAAAGAAGGAAAAGUGAAUGAAGCCAUAGAAGCAGUUAGAGAUAUGGAACAAAAAGGUGUUGUUGGAGAAGCAUCCGUAUAUUGUGAGUUAGCAUUCUCCCUUUGCUAUAAUGGAUUGUGGCAAGAAGCUAUUUUAGAGAUCAAGAGAAUGAAAAGACUUCGACUCACUAGACCAUUGGUGGUUACCUUCACGGGGAUGAUAUUGUCUUCAAUGGACGGAGGGCAUAUUGGUAAUUGUAUAAGGAUAUUUGAAACAAGUAAAGAGCAUUGUGCACCCGAUAUUGGGAUUAUAAAUGCGAUGUUGAAAGUUUAUGGGAGAAAUGAUAUGUUUUUUGAAGCAAAAGAAUUAUUUGAAGAUACAAAACGAUCCAACGGUCAUAAUAUAAGCUUAGGGCGUGAUGGUCCUUUUGUUAGCCCGGAUGCGUAUACGUAUGGUGAGAUGCUUAGAGUCUCUGCAAGUGCUCAUCAAUGGGAGUAUUUUGAUUAUAUUUAUAAGGAAAUGGUUUUUUCGGGGUAUCAAAUUGAUCAAAAUAAACAUGCGUUUUUGCUUGUUGAAGCCUCUAGGGCUGGAAAGACUCAUUUACUAGAGCAUGCUUUUGAUGUGCUGUUGGAAUCGGGAGAAAUCCCGCCAUCAUCAUUCUUUGUUGAAAUCAUAUGUCGAUCCAUGAUCCAAGAUGACUUUGACCGGGCGUUGACCAUUCUCAACACCAUGGCCCACGCCCCGUUCCACGUGCGUGAAAAGGAAUGGCGGGGCCUAUUUGAGGAGUACAAAGGUAAAAUCACUCGGUCCCACUUACGAAAACUUUUUGAAAAAAUCGGGACUCAUGAUAUCACAAUGGAAGCUUCCGCAUAUAAGUUAUCAAGACUAUUGCAAUCGCUCUGUGGGCCAAAGUCAAAGUCAAAGUCAAAUGAUGGGGGUGAGAUUGAACGUGAAUUACCGGGGAAAUUAGAUAGUAUAAUGGAACAUUUUGCGGAUGAGUUGACUAUUGAUGAAUCGGUUGACUGUUUUGGUGAUGAAAAGUCAAAGUUGACCGAUUAUGACGAGGAGGUGGAUGAUGAUGAUGGGUAUGAUUCGGAAGAGUUUUUGGUGGGUGAAUUGGGGGAAGUGGAUGAAUCGAAGGAAGUAAGUUGCCUUCUGCGGAUGGGAUUUUGGAGAAUUGGAAGGAAAGUAUGAUAAAAGAUGGAGUUUUUUUGCCUUUUAAAAUCGGGAUGAAGUGAUUUUGGAUGUGAUAUAGAAGCAAGGAAAUGAGAGUUUUAGUUAAAUUUGUGUAAAAGUGUGUUUGUAUAAUUUAUAAAUGCUUUUAUAUACGGCUA